GAAUAGGAACACUCCUCGCGUCCUCCGUCUCGGCCCACCGAUCCGCACCCGGACCCACCCCGGCGAGCUCUCUCGCGGUCUCGCCCUCCGCUCCUCUCCUCCCGACGCCGUCGGCCGCCGCGCAGCUAUCGUCCCAGUUCCCAGCGGCGAUGGCAGAGGAGCUGGUGCUGGACACGGCGAUCCGGGACUGGGUCCUGAUCCCGCUCUCGGUGGUGAUGGUCCUCAUCGGCGUGCUCCGCUACUUCGUCUCCAAGCUCAUGCGCUCCCCGGCGGUGUCACCCUCCCCUGAUCCCAAGCUCGUCAAGGAGGGGCAGGUGGUCAUCAGGGCGAGGAACCUGAGGACUAACGCGCAGUUCAUUCCGGCCAAGGCCUUCAAGGCGCGCAAGGUUUAUUACACCAACGAGGAAAACGGAUUACUUCACGUUCCGAAGGAAGAUGCGCAGAAGGCUCAGGCAGCCAUGUUUUCAGAUCCGAACAUGGCCAUGGACAUGAUGAAGAAGAAUCUGUCCAUGAUAGUUCCACAGACUCUUACAUUUGCAUGGGUGAACUUCUUCUUUUCAGGUUUUGUUGCAGCAAAAAUUCCGUUUCCAUUGACUCAACGAUUUAGGGGAAUGUUGCAAAAUGGGAUUGACCUGAGCACUGUUGAUGUGAGCUAUGUUAGCAGCCGUUCAUGGUACUUCCUCAAUUUAUUCGGCUUGAGGGGUCUAUUCGGUCUGAUCCUUGGUGAAGAAAAUGCAACUGAUGAUGCACAAAAGAUGAUGCAGAUGGGUGGCGGAUUUGGAUUUAACCCGGCAAUGAGUUUGGGUGCAGAGAAAGAUAGUCUGGAUAUCAUCCAGCACGACUGGGCUUUACCAAAGAUGGAGCAGCGCGCUGAAGAUGUGUUGCGGAAGCUGUUGAAGAAAUGAUGUGAACAAUUAGGCUUCUGCGAAGCAGUACUGCAUCAUGCAAUUUUCGUUGUAGCCUGUUUGAUUGACCAGAAAACACAUUUCCAACUGUAUUAUUUAUAACUGGCUACGAUAAUACCCUCAGAAGCUGGAGGCCUUGUAGGUUCGCAAGAACUUUUGUAUUUUGGUACUUCAGUAGAAAAGAUAUAACUUUAUAAACAUGCUACGCCAUUAUGUAUGGUCGGCAUUUGGGUA